AUUUCAAGAACAAUCUAUCUCUUUGUGAGAUAAUUAAAGAAAUAUGCAAGCAUAAGAAUUAAUUAUUUCACAAAUUUUUACAACAUUAAAAGAUAUUUUUGAAUCCCAUAAAAAAUGUAAAUAUUUCAUAUUAAAUUUACACAUAUUUUAUAAAUAUUUUUUUACCUCAAAUAAAUAUAUUACACAUUAUUUCAGAAUCCAAUCGAUCACUUAUACACAUAACAUCAGUUUUCAAUCCAUUCUUUUCACCAUCUUCGAAUGUGAAAUUUUGAAAUGAACUGAUAGCCUCUACUAUAAUUAUAAUACAAACAUUUACUUCUUUUAAUAAGUAUCGAUCGAUUUACAAUUGUAGUAACACAGAAGCACGCAUGCGAUAUUAUGAGCGCAAGCUCAACCAGACUAUUACAAACAGUCGCUUUCCAACUGUCUAACAACAUGCACGUCUCUGUUCAAGAUCCGAUCAACGAACCGCGAAAUCCUAAUUACGAGAAAGAUAUAGCUUAUGUGACAAAACAUAACAAAUGGGUUCUUGCUUCUAUUGGCAUUUGGCCAACAGUGUUAAAAAAUAUCGGUAAAAUUUUACCGAAAAUCGUGAUUGGAUUCAAUAAUUUACUGUGUUUUUUCACCCUGAUUCAAAGUGCAUUACACAUUAUAUUGGAGCAAAAGGAUACAUUACUAAGAUUGAAAUUUCUCGGUUUAAUUUUCUUCUCCUUCAUGUCAUUGAUGAAAUACUGGGCUUUAACGAUACGCAAACCAGAAAUUGAACACUGCAUCGAACAAGUGCAAUCAGAUUGGAAACAGGUAGAGAUAGAAAAUGAUCGCGAAUUAAUGUUAAAAUAUGGAAUAAUUGGCCGAAAUUUGACCAUCUAUAGUAUUUUGUUCAUGUACCUUAGUGGUAUUAUAUAUAUUUCUAUUAUGCAAUAUGCGAUGGGAUCGCAAAUUAAUGAAUAUAAUCAGACGAUUAAAAUGUUGAUUUAUCCUGCAUAUGGCGGUUACAAUAUUCAAAAAAGUCCUACUUAUGAAAUUAUAUAUGGUGUUCAAUGUAUAUGCGAAUAUGUCUUCGAUACUAUAGCAUCUGGUGCUUGCGGUUUGGCCGCUCUUUUCGUAACCCAUGCAUGUGGACAAAUUGAUGUCGUUAUGUCUCGAUUGGAUGACAUAGUUGCUGGACAAUACAAAAAAAAUUCAAAUGCGAAUAUACGACUGAUGGAAAUUAUUAAACAUCAUACAAAAAUUUUAAAAUUUUCAGCUGUGGUUGAAACAGUUCUGCAAGAAGUGUUCUUUUUGGAAUUUGUUAGUUCCACUUUUGUAAUAUGUUUACUUGAAUAUUAUUGCAUUACGGUACGUUUCUUUUUUAUGAGUUUUCAUAUUUUUUACAUGAUAUUUUUACAUUUACACCAGGAUUGGGAACAAAAAAAUAUAAUUAGUCUGACAUCAUAUGUAUUACUACUAAUAUCAAUGACAUUUAAUAUGUUUUUAUUAUGCUACAUUGGUGAUCUUCUAAUAGAAAAGAGUGGUAACGUCGGAGUAGCCGUGUUCAUGAUUGACUGGUAUCACUUACCAACGAAAACGAUUCAAAAUCUUAUCUUAAUCAUGGCCAUGUCGAAUACUCCGGCAAAACUUAGUGUCGGUAGAAUACUUGAUUUAUCCUUGUCUACUUUUGGAAAUGUUUUAAAAACGACAUUCGUAUAUUUAAACUUUCUUCAGACUGCUGUUAUGUAAUAAUUAUAAAUGUUUUAUUGUUUUCGAUCAAAAUAUUGAAUAGUAAAUAAAUAAAUAUGCUACAAUGAUUUUUUAUUUA